GUUGAUAACAUUUUCGGCUGUAUUCUCAUCAGCAAAAAAAUUAACAUUUCGGCUUCUAAAUUAUCCGUCUACGACUGGUUACACCAAUAGCGCAAUGUUUUAAAUCAAUAUCAAAGUGCUAAAAUACACAGUUAAAACACAGUCCAGUGUUAUUUAUACAGCUUAAAAUCUAUUCAUCUAGUUCUGCGGAUCACGUGCUGUAGGGCCAAAUUUUAAUUUCACAAAGUGACAUAAAACUGGAGAAGUGCCGAGGUCUAGUGGUGAAGUGGUUUGAAGAGGCAAGGCAGUUGAAACAGCGAAACUAGCAAAGUAACGUCACUUUUUCACAACAUAAGAGGAGAAUAUCGUAGCUCUUUUCUUCUGUAUAAUAAUAAUCAGCUUUUAUUAGCAGUGCUUCUUUUAGUUUCUUUGUUAUAAUAGUUUGCCAAUAGAGAGUGAAAAUAUGUCACCAACACCAGUACUGUCGUCCUGCGUACCAUUUCCAAUUGAGGAGCGUACACUGAUUGAUGUUACACAAAAGGCUAAAGAUUGGGCUAUUAUGCAUGGUGCUGCAAUGCGUUCCAAAGCGAAUUUCAGUCCUGAUGCGCUAAAUUUUGCGCCAUUUAUUUUGACGCCAUCUUCCUUCCCGCGCAAAGAAUUUGAAAAGGCCAAAGAAUUGCAGACAAUCAUUAAUCAAUUAAUGCAUAAUGUGGCGCAUGAUGAAGAGUUUCUCACCACAACUUUAGCGGAAACUAUAAAAGUAGACGAAUUCACUUCAAAUUUGUUUAAUGUCUACAAGAAGGUGCUUGCCAAUGGCUUUGGACAGCAAAUAUCGUUGGGCCUAUUGCGCAGUGAUUUGAUGUUGGAGACGAAUUGUGUACAAAUGUUAGAGAAAAAGAAACAUACCCCGUGUGCCUACUGUUGCUGGAAACAAGUUGAAAUUAAUACAAUAGCUUCUGGUUUUGGCCAUUUAGGACCAAUAAGCAAAGACAUACAAAGCUUCGUAAUGGUUGAGCUGGGUCAUGCAGAUAAAUUGAAAAAUAUGCCUGAAAAUACCGCUUUAUCUGGCCUCUGCGGUGGCAUGAUUAAGGCCUGGGAAGUAUACGGUGCACGGAAAUCAGUAAUUCUCUUUAUCAUUGAAGAUGUCUCCUACAAUAUCUGUGAUCAGCGUUUCCAUGAGUUUUACAUACGCGAACAGCGUCCAGAAAUAAAAGUAAUACGUCGAACGUUAACAGAAGUGCACAAAGAGGGAAAAUUGGGACCGAAUAAGGAGUUGUUUCUUGGCGAAUACGAAGUGGCUGUUAUAUAUUUCCGUGCUGGUUACGAACCUGAUCACUAUCCAACACAAGAUGAGUGGGAUGCACGUUAUAUGAUGGAGUGUUCACGUGCGAUUAAAUGCCCAUCAAUACACUAUCAUUUGGCUGGUACGAAGAAAGUUCAACAAGCGCUUGCACAACCCGAAAUGUUGGAGCGAUUUAUAAGUGAUCCAGAGAAGAUAAAAGCUAUAGGACAAAUCUUCACCGGCCUCUACUCGCUGGACGAUUCUGAAGUAGGUAAUGCCUCCUACGAAAUGGCAUUAAAAGAACCAGAAAAAUUUGUACUGAAGCCACAGCGUGAAGGUGGUGGUAACAAUGUGUAUGGUGUUGACAUUCCAGAUGCGCUGAGGAAAAUGAGUCGCGUUGAACGUGCCGCCUGGAUACUUAUGGAUCUCAUUCAGCCACCGAUUUCGCAGGGCUAUAUGAUACGACCAGGUGGUAAAUCGCCGCCCGAAAUUGUGGAUCUCGUGUCGGAGCUGGGCAUUUUCGGCGUCAUACUAGGUGAUGUAGAUAAUGUAAUAUGCAAUUACCAAGCGGGUCAUAUGCUGCGCACGAAACUCUCGACAGCAAACGAGGGCGGUGUGGCAGCCGGACUAGGUGCUUUGGAUAGUCCAUAUUUGCUGGAUUAGCGUUUUAACAAUUAAGUUUUGGAGUGUAAAAAAUUUGUAGUACCUUUGGUUCGGUGAAAACUGUUUUAAUUUGCAAUUUUUGAAUAAUGACACUAUUUAAAUUUGUUAAUUUUUUUUUUUAUUAAUAUUUACCAACAUCAUGUGAAUUUGAAACAACUAUUUUUAAAUUGCACUUUUUUUUAGACUAAAAAUUUUGAUUAAAUUUUUUAAUCAUUUCUUUUUUCACACA